AUGGCGCGCCUCUCUCUGCUGCUGCUGGUGCUGCUGUGGUGCUGCGCUGGUGCAGAUGCUGCUGCUGCCGCCGUUCCGCGAUCCUUGGGGCAGAGCCUCUCGCUCCGCGCCGCGGCGGCCGCGCAGCGGCACGCGCGGCACCAGCCCGGCGGCGGCCACCCGCCGGACGAGCGUGUGACGGCGGUGCUCAACACGUUCAAGCGGCCCGAUAUGCUGCGGCGUGCGGUGGAGCACUACACCCAGUGCGACGUGGUCGAUGCCGUGCGCGUGGUGUGGACCGAGGGAGGGACGCCGCCGGCCACCGACGGGUGGCGCAUUGGCGGAGCUGCCGGCGUCGAUGGCGCGCCGCGGGUGCAGUUUGACGUGCUGCCGGACUCGCUCAACAGCCGCUUCACGCCGCUGCCCGCGCUCCGCACGCGCGCCAUCUUCGCCGUCGACGACGACGCUUCGUGCGACGACCUCGCGCUGGCGCUCGAGGCGUGGAGGAACGCGGAGCGCACCCUCGUCGGCUUCUACCCGCGGCUGCACGUCUGGCGGCGCGGGCGGCUGCAGUACCACAGCUGGUGGUACGUCUGGUGGCACGGCGAGUACUCGAUCGUGCUGACGAAGGCGGCACUACCCCCACCCACCCCCUCUUCCUCUCCCUCAAUCGGGUUGACCGGCAC